AUGGAGUCUAACGGUGUUGUUAAUGGUGGUAGUGGUGGUGGUAGUGUUGGGUUCAUAGGCUUGGAUGAGUUGAGCUUGGACAUGGUUGCUUCACUUCUUUGCUCAGGCUACAAAGUCCAAGCUUUUGAGGCAGUGGUGGCUAUAGAAUUUGAUAAGCAUGAGCAAGAUUUACUUGAACAUAUAGUACUCGAAUUUAAAGAGCAAGAUUUACUUGAACAUGUAGUACUUGAAGUUAAAGAGUUUCUGAAUGGAUUUGAUGUUAGAAAAUGA